CACAUGAUGCCGAGUCCUCCACCAGAUCCGGCAGCACAAGCCGCAGCGGCUGCAGCUUUCCAUCAAUUUACAGUCGAAGCGUGGACCCUCCUCGGCGUUGGCAUCGCAGUCACCGUCCUCAGAACGGUUUCUCGCAUUCGAUAUGCCGGCUGUCGAGGCCUCGGCGGUGACGAUUAUCUCGCGUGGCUUGCCGUUGUCUUUUAUAUAGCCGAGACAUCGCUGGCUUAUAGCGUUGGCCACGUCGCAAACGGUCUUGCGAACAAUGGUAUGACGGAUGCGCAGCGGGCUGCGCUGUCGCCAGACGACCCGGAGUUUCGAUUGAGGAUAUUAGGAUCGAAGAUUCAACUUGCAGGGUGGUCGACGUACUCGACGCUCCUUUGGACGCUCAAGGCGUCGUUGCUAGUGUUUUAUACACGAUUGACGGAAGGCUUAGCUACACAUUAUCGCAUUCGAAUCUACAUUGGGUUUGCCUUUCUCGUAUCAAGUUAUCUUGUUGUAGCUCUAAAUCUUUACCUCUCAUGUCGACCCUUUCAAAGGUUCUGGCAGAUAUUCCCAGAUCCAGGGAAUAUUUGCCAGCCCGCUAUAUCUAACCAAAUCAUCUGGGUUUACUGGGCAUUCAAUGUAACGACCGAUUUAUAUAUCAUAUCAGUCCCGCUACCAAUGCUAUGGGGGUCGAGCCUGAAGCCUCUGAAGAAAGUUGGAUUUUUGGUUGUCUUUAGCGGCGGCAUUUUAGUCGUCGUCUGUGCCACCCUACGAUGUGUUCUGAUCGUGCUGGACACAGAGAAUGGUGCACAAUUGGCCGGAUCUUGGGCUGUCCGAGAGACCUUUAUCGCCGUCGUUACAACCAACUUGCCCAUGACGCUUCCUCUUCUCAAGGAGAUAUUUGUGCCCCUCUUCGGAUCCAUCCUUGGCUCGAUGCGCUCUACACAAAAUUCUGGAGAGGUGACACCAAAAGGCUUCAUCACUUUUGGAGGGAGCUCCAAGAGUUGGCGGGGCCGCGGACCGCCGACAGCAAAUCCAAUAACAGAUUUUACAAUAAACGAGAGCGAGGAGCGCAUAGUCGAAUCUAUCAGAAUGCAGGACCUCAAAGCAUGGAGCGAUAGCCAAGACCAAGACCAGGGACAUCAAUCGGGGCCUGAUGAAGAGAGCAGAGACAUUCGGAAGCAUGUUGAGGUUGACAUUGUGCAUGAACUACGGCCAAAACAAGUCGCCUGAAAAGUUAUAGACAUCCGCGGAUGAGCAUCUGAGGACUUUGGAGGGCGUUUCCAUUCCGACAGAAACAAGACGAUGUGAUUGCUAACUAUACCGUUUCUAUACACCAUUUGCAUUUAGACGCUACUGACGGCCAGUUGCCACCGUUUGAUGGGUACGGAGUUGCUGAUCACACGCUGUCGGUUAUUUGAGGAGCGUUGGCGUCACUCUGCUGGCGCAUUCUUUUCCGUCUUUAGCACACUAUCAUGAUUAAACGUACACCCGCGAGGGAAAGAUUUUCCAUUGAGAAAUAGAAAGACUCAUAUUAUA